AAUCUAUACAUUCCCGGUUACAAUUUGUUUUUAAAACCACCGAGAGAGAGUGUAGGAUUAUGAAAAAUGGCUACGCUGGCAGUGAGAAGGUUAUACAAGCCUUCCUUUGCUGUGUUGUUCAAGCGGAUUAAUAAACAGUGCAAGCCACUGCAGCAGUUAGCCAAAUGCUCAUCUGGAAAUGUUAUGACAUUUGAAGAUCCUUAUGAAGGUGCUGAGCGGAAGUUAGUCACAUUAAUACCUGGUGAUGGAGUUGGUCCGGAACUUGUUGGUGCUGUGAAACAUGUGUUCAGUUCUGUUGGUGUACCAGUGGAUUGGGAUGAAGUACAUGUGAGUGAUAUUGGUUCUUAUGGUGGAGAAACAUCUUUAGAACGUGUAUUACAAUCAAUUCAACAAGCUGGUAUUGGCCUAAAAGGAGCUCUUACCACACCAUCUAGCAUCAGCAAUCAUCAUUUAUCCUUAAAUCAAAACUUAAGGUUGAAACUGGAUCUAUUUGCAAAUGUUGUACACUGUAAGUCUGUACCUGGAAUAAAAACAAGACACGAUGAUAUUGAUAUAGUGGUGAUUCGAGAAAACACUGAAGGAGAAUACACCAGUCUUGAACAUGAGAGCGUUCCUGGAGUGAUUGAAAUGAUAAAGGUGAUUACUCGCACAAAAUCUGAAAGGAUAGCGAAGUUCGCUUUUGAUUAUGCAAUGAAACAUAAACGAAAGAAGGUGACAUGUGUUCACAAAGCAAAUAUCAUGAAGCAAGCUGACGGGUUAUUUUUUGAUACCUGUCAAAAGAUAUCAGAAUUAUAUCCAAAAAUUGAAUUUGAGGGCAUGAUUGUAGACAACACGUGUAUGCAGUUAGUUUCAAAGCCUCAACAGUUUGAUGUGAUGGUUCUACCUAACUUGUAUGGUAGCAUUGUCGACAAUGUUGGUGCAGGGUUAGUUGGAGGAGCUGGUGUUGUCCCUGGAACAAGUUUUGGACGACAAUAUGCUCUGUUUGAACCGGGCGCACGACAUACCUUCGCACAGGUUGCUGGAAGAAAUGUAGCAAACCCGACCGCUAUGUUACUUGCUUCGUGCGAUAUGUUGGAACAUAUACAUUUCAUGAAACAUGCUCGGAUGAUCAGAGAAGCGGUAUUGAAAACGAUUGCCGAAGGGAAGUAUUUGACGUUAGAUCUCGGUGGGAGCUGCAGUACAUCCAUCUUUACAAACAGAGUGAUACAGAAUGUACAACCUAUAUCCUGAGACUGGCUGUUAUGUCUUAGGUUUUGUUAUUUGUAUAUAUUUGUUAAAAUUAAAACAAUAAAUAAUGUAUCUGUUUCGAAA